AUGGUCCAAAACUUGUACGCAAAAUUUUUUCAUGUUGCCGAAGAAGAUGCUCCUUACAUUGUAUUUAUUGAUGAAAUUCAUGCUAUUGGAACUAAACAAGAAAUUCAAAGAACUACAUUAGAACUUUUGAGUCAGUUAGACGGGUUUGAUUCUAGAGGAGAUGUCAAGAUAGAAAUUUCACUUUCAGACGUAAAAACGAAACGUCGUAUUUUUAAUAAUAAUACAGAGAGAAUAGAUGAUGUGGAUCUUGAGACAUUUGUAAUAUCUAAAGAUGAUUUGAGUGAUACUGACAUUAAGACUAUUUGUACUUAG